GCUGGUGGAAUGGCGAAAAGGCCGCCAACCCUGGCCGGUGCACCGAGCAAGAAUUAUUGACGUGGCAAGUAUGUUACAUGCUAACUUUAUCUGACGUUAUGUAGUUACAUACCACAUUUAAUGUUUUUUCUCGCUCUUAAAGAAGUCUAAAAUGGAUCUUGCUAGGUCCCUGGUUAGCAAUAGCUUCGCUUUCUGGCUCAUGUUAGCUACAUAAUUUGCUAAUGUAAGCGAAGUCCAAUUGGGACUAAUGUUAGAUUUGGUAACGUUAAGCAUGAUUAGACAAACGUUUGCAGUUCAUGAUAACAUUUUAAUUUUAUUGCACCAGAAUUUGAAAAAACUCUCCAAAUUAAACUGCGUGGGAUCGAGAUGGAGAAAGAAGUCACACAGCAAACAAAACAUCCCAAACUCAAAGUACCGUGAUCAGGGGCAGACUGAGAAGGCUUCAAAGAAAAGGGUUGACAAUAAAAAGAGAUGUCCUUCUAAAUACAACCACGAGGAGGAGGAGGAGAAGGAGGAGGAGGAGGAUGAGGCGCGUCAUGACAGGCCUUCAAAGAACAAGCGGGCCAGCGAAGAGGAGGAGCGUAUUGGGGAUGAAGAGGACAUAGUACCACCCUCUAAGAAAAAGACAGCUGCUGAAUUUAGAAAACACCUGGAUGAACAGAUGUGGGAGAGAAGGAAACUUGACCAAAUGCAAAGAAAUUUGCAGGAGUUGAGAAAUGAAGUCCAUUCUCUUAAAAAUGAAAAUGCACGUCUGAAAGACAUUAUCAUCAAUCAAAUCCCUCAAAUGAAAAGUGACAUCGCCAUUAUUGCUCAAAAGAAGACUGGAAGGACUCCUGUGGAGGAUCUAGAUUCCUCCUUCUCGACUUUUGGAGAAAUGCAACCGACUCCAGAGAGGAGACAGAGCCCAGAGGACACCGAGCCCUUUAAAGAGAGUCCCAUGGUGACUGAGCGCUUUCGAGAGACACCACAGACUGCAGCAACAGCUGAGACCUCAGCGAAAACACAGAUGGAAGUUAUAAAGGGCUCUGGGGUGUUUUGCCAGGCAGAAGCGUGGAAAGCAGCCCGCCUUGCCCCCUCUGCUACUGCCAUGGUGCGGAAUCUCCUGCUGGGCACCUUUGAUUUGGAGACUUUGCUGAAAAGCAACCUGAAUGGUGGGAAGCCAACCAGAGGGGAUGGGGACCAGCUGGUCGCACUUGACCAAAUUAAAAAGGCAGCCAUUAUUGCCACAUUGCUGGGGUAUUGCGCUGUAAGAUGCUACAUUGAAGAAGUGGCCGGCAGCCAGCCGAGGGCAGAUAGGCACAUCUAUCAAUUCAAAGCUCACGGAGCUGAGAAGAUCAACAAGAUAAAUAGUUUUUUUUUUCUAUUCAGUUUUUUGUCUUGUUUUUGUUCUUGUUCUAUUUGAUUGUUCUUAA